AUGACAAGUUGUCGGCAAAUCAGCUGAACUGUAAUGAAGUGAUUGUUAGUUUUGUAUUUGAUGAUGGUUCAUCGCUCUGAAAUAGUUGAAAUGUUUGGAUGUGGCGAACUAAUUUUGAUUUAAAUAGUAAAUAGGAAGAAAAAAAAUCAUGGCUUUACGAAAAGUCAAAGGAAAUUUAGAGCGGAUAUUUGAUAAAAAUUUAACAGAUUUAGUUCGUGGUAUUCGAAAUAAUAAAGAUAAUGAAACUAAAUACAUUGCCCAGUGUAUCGAAGAAAUAAAAGAAGAAUUAAGACAAGAAAAUAUAUCUGUAAAAGCUAAUGCUGUGGCAAAAUUAACAUAUCUUCAAAUGCUUGGAUAUGAUAUCAGCUGGGCAGCUUUUAAUGUUAUCGAAGUUAUGAGCUCUACUAAAUUUACGUUUAAGAGAAUUGGUUAUUUAGCAGCUUCACAAAGUUUUCAUGAAGAAACUGAAGUUCUUAUGUUAACCACAAAUAUGAUAAGAAAGGAUUUAAAUAGUCAAAACAUGUAUGAUGCUGGCACAGCGAUGAGUGGCUUUUCUUGUUUUGUUACUCCUGAUCUUGCUCGUGAUCUUGCCAAUGAUGUUAUGACAUUGCUUUCCUCUACAAAACCCUAUUUAAGAAAAAAGGCUAUUUUGCUUAUGUAUAAGAUAUUUUUGAAGUUUCCUGAAGCUUUACGUCCUGCUUUCCCUCGUUUAAAAGAGAAGCUUGAAGAUCCUGAUCCUGGUGUUCAGUCUGCAGCUGUUAAUGUUAUAUGUGAACUGGCUCGAAAAAAUCCUAAAAACUAUCUUUCAUUAGCUCCUGUAUUUUUUAAGUUAAUGACAAGUUCUUCAAACAACUGGAUGCUUAUCAAAAUUAUAAAGUUGUUUGGUGCCCUGACUCCUCUAGAACCUAGACUGGGUAAAAAGUUGAUUGAACCACUCACUAAUUUAAUCCACAGCACAUCAGCCAUGUCUCUCCUUUAUGAAUGCAUUAAUACAGUUAUUGCUGUUUUAAUCUCAAUAUCAUCUGGCAUGCCAAACCAUUCUGCUUCGAUUCAGCUUUGUGUGCAAAAACUGCGUAUAUUGAUUGAAGAUUCAGAUCAAAACUUGAAGUAUUUGGGUCUUUUGGCAAUGUCUAAGAUUCUAAAAACUCAUCCUAAGAGUGUCCAGGCACAUAAAGACUUAGUACUUCAAUGUUUGGAUGAUAAAGAUGAAUCCAUUAGAUUAAGAGCUUUGGAUCUUUUGUAUGGAAUGGUGUCAAAGAAAAAUUUGAUGGAAAUAGUCAAGAAACUCAUGACUCACAUGGACAAAGCUGAAGGAGCACAGUAUCGAGAUGAAUUACUUUCUAAAAUUAUUGAUAUAUGUUCCCAAAAUAAUUAUCAGUAUAUUACUAAUUUUGAAUGGUAUGUUAGCAUAUUGGUAGAACUUACUAAAAUACAAGGAACAAAACAUGGUUCAAUUAUUGCUGCUCAAAUGCUGGAUGUGGCUAUUAGAGUUCAAGCAAUAAGAAGUUUUGCUGUUUCUCAAAUGGCUAUUUUAUUAAAAAAUGCACAAUUUUUACAAGGAAGCUCUGAUAGAAAUAGCAUUUCCGAAGUGCUUUAUGCUGCAGCUUGGAUAUGUGGUGAAUUUUCAGAAAUGCUUAGCUCACCUGUGAAUACUUUAGAAGCAAUGAUGGAUGAAAAAGUAAUGUUUCUUCCAUCACACAUACAAAGUAUUUUAGUUCAAAAUGCAUUAAAGUUAUAUGCACGAGUGAUUGAAUUAUAUGAAUCUGAGCAAGAUAUAGAACAAGCCACUGUAGUAUCUUCUUUAUUGCUUGAGAGGAUGCCAAUGUUUGUGCAAAGUGCUGACUUAGAAGUUCAAGAAAGGGCAUGUUGUGUUCUUCAUUUAGUAAAACAAAUCAGUAAAUUACAAGCUAAAGGAGAAAAAGUUGCUCCAGAGUUGUUGUCACUGUUUACUGGAGAGUUGAAUCCUGUGGCACCUAAGGCACAAAAGAAAGUUCCUGUUCCAGAUGGUUUAGAUUUAGAUGCUUGGAUAAACGAGCCUCCUUCUGAAGAUGAAGGUUCAUAUGAUGAAGGAAAUAGUGACACUUUUGGAAAAUUCAAUAACCAGUUAUAUGUGCCAAAAUCAAAUCAAAAGUCUACUGAUUUGACAGAAGAAGAUAUGGAAAAAUGCCGUGAAGCUAGAAUGUUCGAGCAAGCUAAUAAUCCUCAUUACUUGAAAGCCAGCAAAAAGAACACUCAUGUUAAUGCGGAUGAUAUUCCUGUUGUAGAACUGGAUUGCAAAACUCCAUUAAACAUUCCAGGACUUACAUCAUCAGAAAACUACCAUAAUAACGAAAACAAGAUAUUAAACAAGAAGCAGCGUAAACUGAAACGAAAAAAGAAGAGCAAAAACUCCAAAAAUGUUGAAAGUGAAGAAGAUGUGUCUCCUUUACAUGUUGUUAAUAUAACAGAGGGAGAAAUGCCAGAUGGGGCCCGAAGCAGUGAUGAUGAUGAUGGUGGCAACCCAGACGAUCCUCAUAGAGCUUUAAAUAUUGAUUUAGAAGAACCUUUAAAUAAUGAUGUGCAAUUGCUUCCUCCUGCACAAGAAUCCGUAAAUAACCAUGAAGAGAAAACUGUGAAAGUAUCUUCAAAGCAUAAGCACAAGAAAGAGAGAAAAGAAAAAGAAAGAUCCAAAAAAAGUAAAGAUUCUUCUGGGCAUAAGAGUAAGCGUCACAAAAAGGAGAAAAAACAUAAAGAGCAAGAACACAAUUUGUCCCAGUUACCACAAGAUCAGACAAAAGAUAAAGCAGAGUAUGAAGAAGCUCCAGGCAUUGUUACUCCUUCGAAAGAACGAUUUAUUUCUCCAGUGACUCCUAUGACUCCUUCUGUAUCUAUAAUUCCAACUUGCAAGUCCCUUGUGAAAGAUACGAAUAUUGCUGUGACUUAUGAAAAAAGGAUAAUGCCUGGGAGCAGAAAUGAAUUAUCAGUGAUUUUGUUUUUAAAUAACUGUAGCAGUUUUCCUAUUAAAGAUGUUGAAAUAACUCUUUUGGAAUCAUUUAAUGUCAAAUUAAUUAAAGAGCAAAAUGAACCUGACAGCUGCAUAAAAGUGCCAUUUAGUAUAUUACCUGAAGCGGUAAUAGAGCAGCAAGUUAUUUUGUCAGUGGAUAAUAUAGCUUUAUUUCAAUCUGUUCGAGGAACUUUAACUUACAUAAUAAAGAAUCCGUCAGCUUCUAGCCAUGAAAAACUAGAUUUUAAGCUUGAAUUGCCAGCCUCAUCAUUUAUGAUUGGUGAAAUUCAGCCCCGCGAUACAAGAGAUACAUUAUCUGAAUUAUUAGGAAGCAAUGAUCUUUCAGCAAGAGAUUCAGUCAUGAUUGAUAUUUUAAAUUUGGAUUUCAACCACAUCAUUGCUAAAAUAUGUUUUCACUGUCAUUUUUUUGUUGUUGAACAGUAUGGUGAUAGUGCCUCAUUGUAUAGUCACUCCAUUCAAGGAGAUCAUGUCUGCCUUCUAGUCAAAUAUAUGGAACCACAACAUAUAUCAGUGGAUGCUAAGGGAACAAAUUCUACUUUAACUACUUGCUUACUAGAAGAAAUUAAAAAGUUAUUUUCAUCUAAAGGCGAUGAACAGUAAUGUAAAGUUGUAAAAUAGGAGCUAUAUGUUUUUGUUGAUGAGUGUGAUGAAUUUCAUUGAGUGACUUUUAUUUAACAUCAAUGGAUUUGUUCUGGAUACAGAAUUUCAAUUUAUGGAUAGCAAUAAAUCAUCAGUGAUUACAAUGGAUUUGUUGAAGAAAAACACUGAUCUUUUUUAUAUAUUUAAUUAUUUUACGUUUUGAUAAUUUAUAUUGUUUGCAAAAAAUAAUAAAUUAAAAGUUGAAACAUACAAUUAUUAGAAUAUUGUUGAAAGUAAAGAAUUUUGUGCUGAUGAAUGCAAAUUGUUGAAGUUAAACAAUUAUAAUCAUAUUUUAUUUCUAAAAAAAAUGAAUCAUUCCAAUACUUUUAUACUUUAUUGUAAUUGUGCUUCUUGCACGUUAAAUACUUUAUUUUUGUCUUUUUAUUCUACAAUAAAAAAUAUUUUAAGAAAAAUUUGAAA